AUGUUCGCAGUGUGCGCAGAUGUGGAUGCUCUCGAGUUGGUGCUCAGCCACGGCGGCACAACCAGUUCGGCAGACGUGCACGGCGGAUACGCCGUCCAUUACGCGGCUCAGAUGUGCGGCAACGGAGCGUGUCGUUCAGGCGAUGCUCGGAACACCGGUGUCCGCGUGUUGCAGCUGUUACUGUCGUUCGGCGCCGACGUCCACGUGGCCGACAAACACGGACGCCAACCGAUUUUGUGGGCGGCCAGCGCGGGUAGUGCGGAUGCUAUCAUAACUUUGGUGAACGGUGGAGCAAACGUCGAAUCGCAUGACAAAGACGGACUGACAGCGUUGCACUGUGCGGCCAGUCGAGGACACGUGGAAUGCGUGGACGGACUUUUGACGUUGUGUGGAUGUGAAGUCGACGCGGUGGACAGCAACAGUUGUUCAGCUCUGUUCUACGCCGUGACAUUAGGCCAUGCGGACGCGACUGAGAUGCUAUUGGAACAUGGAGCUAAUCCCGAUCGACAGGACGGCAAAGGAAGAACGCCAGCCCAUUGCGGUGCAUUUAAAGGUCAAUUGGAAACGGUCCGACUUUUAGCUGAACACGGUGCCAAUUUAUGGUUGCGGAACUCAAAGGGUGGUUAUCCAUUACACGACGCUAUGAGGUCGGGUCGCAAGGAGUUAGUCCUUUGGUUGAUAUCAAUGCGUCCAGAGUCCGUAGAUUAUUAUGAUGACGACGGUAAACGACCAUUGCAUAUCGCUGCUCUUAACAACAAUUUGGAAAUGAGUAAGAUUAUCUUAGAUAACGGAGCAUCAAUUAACCCAGUAAUGAAAAUCAAAGGAGAACGAAUGACACCACUUGAUGUAGCUCUACGAAAAAACAAUAGGCAUUUAGCGAAGUUUUUAAAUCUUUUUGGUGGUAAACCAGCUAGCAAGUUAAAUAAAACAUUGUCUAAACAACAAUCUACUGUACGUGUUAAGACUAAAAGAAUUGAAUCUCGAAGAAAUUCAUAUUCAUCUGAUUCAAUUAACCGUAAAUAUCGUAACGGCGGUGGUCGGAAAAAACAACAAAAUUCUCGCAAAGCCGAGAGCCCGAAACCUAAUAAAACAUCGAAAGGUCGUGUAGUUCAAGUUCACAUAAGGGCAAACGUGUUGACGAAAACAGUCGGCAAGUCGCGAGACGACAGGAAGUCGUGCGGCGGUGGAGGCGGUACGUUACCGAAAGCCCAUCGGAAAAAGGCGACCGGCGUUGCCAAAGAGCCAAAGGAAUGUUUCAGUGAAAACGAUAUGUGUUACGGCGGCGACGGCGACGACUACGACUACGAUUAUGACGACGACGACGACCACUACGAUGACGACGACGAUGACGACGAGGACGAUGACGAAGAUGACGUUGAUGACGGUGACGAUGACUGUGCAGACGGCGCCGUCGAAGAACAGACAAACGGUUCGGCUGCGGCGGCGGCGGCCGAUCACUGUGAUAGCAGCAGACGACUGCACAGGAAUAGGCGCCGUGGUAACAGGAUAGCGACUAGGGGCGGUAGCGGCGGAGGACGUCGGCGACGUGAUAAGGCGACGUCCAAAGCGAAUACUGCCGCCGACGACCAACAAGAAUCACGCACGGACGGAAUCGUAGCUAAAGCGACGACGUCCGGCGAGGUUGGCGGCGGUGGUAGUGACAAACCCAUCGGAGCAAACUCAGCUCCCGACGAACUCGACCGGGACGGCGUGAAACCAAAAACAACCGUGGAGAACGUGGACUCCAACCCUGAUGGUAUACGAUUAACGGACGGUCAAGCAUCAGUGAAGGCAAAAGUUGAAGGCAACGUCGAUCACCCGCUGGUGUCGGUGACGGGACCCGAAGAGACGUCGCACGAUGACCACGACAAAAGAGACGGUGGUCCGACGGCGGCCUUUGUAGUAGAAGAGGAAUUUGGUGAUUUGACGGUGGACGGUCCGUCGGUGACGAAAAGUGGUGCACCGACGUUGACGGCUAAGAAAGGUGGUGAGGCGACAGUGACUGCAAAAGGAAAUGCGACUGAACGGUCGACGAGUCGCGAGGGAGGCAAAACGCCGAUGAAGGGCCAACCCGACAGCGGCAGGGCCAUAGUCGAAGUAUUGGAUCGGGUGGACACGCCACAACUGUCGGCCACGGUCGACGGUGACGGCGAUGUCGGGGGGGUGGGAGUCGUCGUCGGAAGUCGAAACUUCGUCGGCGAACCGACCGCGUUCAGUGUGUUGCCCGACGCAGGACGUGAAGACGACAGACCUUGCGAGUGUCCCGAUUGUUGCAAGCGAAAACCGUCGCGGUCCACUUCGAAAAAAAUGAAAAGCCGAAUUCCUCGAUUGAAUAACUAUUGUAGUUUAGCGCCUACUUCCGAUCUAAACACCAUGUCUGUAACGAAAGCAGUUCAAUUGAGCAGCAGAAAGUACAAUUUGGAACGGUUGAUUUUUUAUCAACUGUCCGAAUUAAAACGGUUACAAAUCAGAGCGGGCAAGUCCGACGAACGAGUAUUGGUUAAACGGCUGGUUGAAGAGUAUGGUAGUACAGGACUGUUUACUGGAUUGAAAAGAUACGACGGACCCUUUUCGUUUAAGCGUUUCGAAAAAUAUUUAUACGAUCAAUUGCUAGUUUUGCAAAAACAAUCGUUGGCCGACGAUAAAACCACGGUCCCCAGGGUGCAGUCAAUCGAUGAAGUGGAAAAACUGGCAGGGGCUUUGCGCCGUAUCGACGCCGGAAAAACGGUUCUGGAAAACCCAAACGAUUGCCUGUCGUGUGUCCGGACCACGAACAGGUGUUUUCACGCCACUCACGCGUACACCGGUGUGCCUUGUGCCGCAUACAUACCAAAGUUCCGGCUGGACCACCAUCGGAUGCCGAAACCACCUGCAGACGACGGCCGCCGUCACCGCUUCCUUCCGGACAUCCGGACGGGCCAGGACACAUCCGGCGGGACCACCACCAGGUGCCUACGAAACGUGGACCCGUCCAGGCCAAUCACUCUGCAGCUGGGCAACGGGCCCUGCGCGCAGGCCAUCGACUUGCCCACCGACAAGCUGGACAAGAACAGGCGGUACUUCGUGACUUUCACGAUCAAGGGGACCGGAGAUGGCUCUCGCAACAGACACCGUCCACCGGCUCCACCGGCGUUCCGGGCGGACGGUCGCCGCGGCCACGCCGUCGACUGCAAUCAGCCCCUUGCCCACACUCACGCUAAGAGCUUUUAG